AUGUGGAACGCCAUUGGUUCCAAGGCCCAAAAGGUGGCGCAGGGCAUGAGCUCCGCCGUCGCAGAGAUCCAGCAGGACCUCCAGAAGGAGCGGCGAAGCAGGGGCGGGGGGGCUGGCGGCGGCGACUUCGAUGAGGCAGAGAUCUACAAGCAAAUGCUGGUGGGGUUCCAGAUGGACCAGGCCAAGCUAGGCAAGGAAACCCAGGCGGCCCUGAGAGAGAAAGAAGACGAGGCGAAACAUUGGAAGAAGCUGUACCUCAAGGCCACCGGGGGGGAGGAGGAUGGGGAAGGCGGCGGCGGCGGCGGCGGCGGCGGCGGCGGGGGAGGGGGGGGUAACCCUGAGACGGGGGACGACGGAGAGGGGGCCGGCGGCGCGCUGGGGGUGGACAUGUUGGUCAAGCUUGAGGCGGAGCUUGACGUGCUAAGGAACGUGAACUUGGAGUGGGAGGAAAAGCUCAAGGAGGCGUUGCGGACGAGCACCGAGGAGGCAGCGGCGAGGCUCAAGCUGGAGCACGAGAACUCCGUCCUGAGCGCGAAGGUGAAAGAGCUCGACACGGCGCGGGCGGCGAGCGAGGACCUGAUCCUGGAGCUCUCGAGGGAGAAGAGCCGCAUGCUCGGGUCCUCUGGGGAGGCUAGCGACACCAUCGAGAGCCUCGUUGACGAGUACAGCCGGCUGGCUUCCGAGCACACGGCGCAGCGGCAGAUGGACAGCGAGACCAUUCAACGCCUCGAGAACGUCCGGGACGAACUGGUGGAAAAACUCAAGGCCCACGAGACGAACAUCAUGCAGCUGCUGCAGAGGGCCGAGGAGGAUGGCGCAGUUUCCCAGCAGAUGUCGGAGCGCGACGUGGCGGGCAAGCCCGACGAAGCGCCAGCCUCCGGGGAAGCCCCUCCGUCGGCCGAGGAGAUCGAGAAGAGACUGGAGGAGCAGGCGGCUAAGCUAAGGGCGGAAAACGAGGCGGUGGUCGCAGAGCUCAGACAAAAGCUGGAGGCAGAGAAUGCCGAAGAGAGCGCCUCUGCCUUGUCUGUCGCGGCCGAGGGUCACGCGGCCGCCAUGCAGCGGGCCGUCAACGAGUCCGCAGCAGCAGCAGAAGCCCGCGCCGCCGCCGAGCUGGAGGCCGCCCUGAAGGAAGCCAAAGAAGCCGCGGAGGUGGAGAAGGCGAGGGCGGCGGAGGAGGCGGCUAAGAAGAAGGAGGCCGAGAAGGAGGUGGAGGUGGGGAGGGUGGCCGAAGAGCUGGAGGCAGGCAAGGCGAAGGCUCUGGAGGAGCUCAAGGAGAAGCUGGAGGAGGAGAAGGCCGAGGCAAUGGCUGACGCGGAGAGCAAACAGGCCACUGCCCUCGCUGCGGCAGUACUAGAGGCAGAGAAACGUCUGAGCAAGGAGGUGGCGGAGGCCAAGGCUAAGGCGGAAGAGGUCAAGGCGGACCUGGCGAAGCAGUCGGAGGCCGCCCUGCUGGAGCAGCAGAAACGACUCGAGGCCGAGGCCCUGGAAAAGGUGGAGGCGACGAAGAAGAAGCUGGAGGCAGACAUCGAGUCUGCGACCAAGGCACGCGACGAGGCCAACGCCCUCUACGCUAAGGAAAACCGGGGCCGGAAGGCGAUCCACAACAAGUUGCUGGAGCUCCAGGGGAACAUCCGGGUGCUCGCUCGCGUGAGGCCGAUGCUUGAGGUGGAGCUCAAGAGCGGGAAAGACGCUGACGUCACCUCCUUCCCAGCCGACGAAGACAUCGUCAUCAAAAAGCCGAAGGAGGGGGCGCGAGGGGGCGAGGACGUUUCCGAGACACACUUCGAGUUCGACCGCGUGUUCAAGCCGGACUCGUCGCAGGAGGGGGUGUUCGAGGCCGUGUCCCCGCUCGUCACCAGCGUGCUGGACGGGUACAACGUGUGCAUCUUCGCCUACGGGCAGACCGGUUCCGGCAAAACGUUUACCAUGGAAGGCCCCACGUCCAACCCGGGAGUCAACACCAGGGCGCUCACGGACAUGUUCCGCAUCGCGGAGGCUCGCUCCGAUGACGUCACGUACACGUUCCACAUGAGCAUGAUGGAGAUCUACAACGAGGCCGUGUACGACCUCUUGAAGACGGAGGUGAAGGACAAGUCCCCAGGCAGCACCAAGACCAGCCUCGACAUCCGCCAGAACGCCUCGGGAGGCACCAGCGUGCCGGGACUCACCGAGGUGGUUGUGGCGGGAAUGCCGGAGGUGAUCGCGCAGCUCGAGCGGGGAGGGAAGAACCGCGCGGUCGGGGCGCACGACAUGAACGAGCACUCUUCCAGAUCUCACAUGAUUUUUAACGUCCGAGUGGAGGGCACGAAUGUCCACACCGGCACCGUGGCGAAGGCCAAGCUUAACCUCAUCGAUCUCGCCGGGUCUGAACGCAUCUCCAAGACGGACGCCACCGGAGACAGACUACGGGAGGCCCAGAACAUUAACCGCUCUCUCAGCGCGCUCGGUGACGUCAUCGCCGCCCUCGGGACUGGAAAGGGACACGUUCCCUUCCGUAAUUCCAAGCUCACCUUCGUGCUCCAGGACGCUCUGAGCGGCAACUCCAAGGUGAUGAUGUUCGUGAACGUGAGCCCGGCGUCGUACAACGUCACCGAGACGCUGUGCUCCCUCAACUUCGCCAAGAGGUGUCGCUCCGUCAAGCUGGGGCAGGCAAACAAGAACCAGGAGGCUCCCGAGGUCGCCAAAUACCGUCGCGCCAGCGAGGCUCUCCACGCCCAGCUCCUGGCGAACGACCUCGUGCCCACCGUAAACGUCGGCCCGAGAUCGAGCGUCGGGAAGUCUUCCCCGUCGCCGUCGUCGGAGCCGUCCUCCACCCCUUCCUCGUCCUCGUUGCGGCGGAAGUCCAUGGGGAGCGUCACGGCUGCCCCCGGUAGCGGCGUAGGCGACGCCUCUUCGUCAACGUCAUCCUCUCGGGCGUCUUCCCCUAAGUCUUCCGGAGGGCGGAAACUCUGA